AUGACUUCGGACACAGUCACUUUAGCCUCAGGGCACGAAAUGCCCUUGGUUGGCUUUGGACUGUGGAAGGUACCAGCCGAAAAGGCCGCUGACAUUGUCUACCACGCCAUCAAGGUUGGCUAUCGACUUUUCGAUGGCGCAUAUGACUAUCAGAAUGAAAAGGAGGCAGGCGAGGGCAUUCGCCGUGCCAUCAAUGAAGGGUUAGUCAGAAGAGAGGACAUUUUUGUAACGACGAAGCUCUGGAAUAAUUACCACCAACGAGAACAUGCGCUGGCUAUGGCCAAAGCGCAGAAUGAAGCUUGGGGUCUUGGAUAUAUCGACUUGUAUUUGAUUCACUUUCCCAUUGCACUGAAGUAUAUUGAGCCUGAGAAACUGCGUUAUCCAGCUUGGUGGAUGGAUCCAGAGCAGACGUUAAUUGAAAGAGCCAAUGUGCCAGUUCAGGAAACGUGGCAAGCAUUGGAGGAAGUCGUCGAGCAAGGGAUCGUCAAGUCUAUCGGUAUUUCGAACGCCCAAGCACAGACGUUGUACGACAUCCAAACAUAUUGCCGGUAUCCGAUUUCUUCUCUGCAGAUUGAGCACCAUCCAUAUCUUGUGCAGCAAGAACUUGUCGAGCUGGCGCAAGAGGAGAAGAUUGCCAUCACCGCUUACUCUUCGUUCGGACCGCAGAGUUUCUUGGAGUUGCCCGCGGCGUUUCGAGAAAGAGCAAAAGACACGCAACUUCUUUUCGACGUCGAGGUGGUCAAGAACGCAGCGGCCAGAACGAACAAGACCCCAGCUCAGGUGCUCCUUCGAUGGGCUACACAGCGAAAAAUAGCUGUCAUCCCAAAGUCCAACCACAUUGAUCGCCUGCGACAGAAUCUGGGAGGUGGAGGAGGCAGCUUCGAUUUAACAGAGCAGGAGAUUAAAGCGAUAAGUGAUCUAGACAGGGGUCUGAGGUUCAAUGAUCCUGGUUUCUAUCUUCACAAGCCACUGCGCAUUUUCGCGUGA